AUGGGGGUGAGGUGUGCUGGGUCCGUGUAUAGUGCGUUAUCUAGCGCGGUGGACUUUCCGGUGAUUAAUUGCAGUGCCGCCGGAGCACCGGAGGGACGGCACAAACGAGCGGUCGGGUUUGUCAGAAGGAAAUCUACUCGAACAAGUGGUUUUUUCCUACCGGCCGCGGGGCUCCUAGUCCUCGACCGCCGCGGUUUACCCUCCCGGAAUGAUGAUAUGCAACAGUUGGCGGGCGGGGAAAAUCGCCACCCCGCGACGCUAUCACAACUGUAG